AAAAACAAUAUGCAAAAGUCAACAUUUUUAUUGAACAUAUUGGGAACAUAUAUUAUUAAAUAUGUUAUUGCCAACGAAUACGACAGCGACGAUAAACUUUACAUGUUCGUGUCACCGGACCAACAUGAACAUACUCCACGUCUCGAAGAUUUCUUCUGGACGGGCUCGGGGGAUGGUCCGCCGCCGCCCCCAGACCUGCCACUGCCAACUCCGCCACAACCCGCCACGCCACUCAUUCGUACUACAACUGUACUCGCUACAGUGUAUUUGGACUCAUAUCCGCCACAGGCGGUGACCGAUAAAACCACUGGUGAAUGUGUACUCAACUGCGGAGAAGCAGUUCCUGACAGUUUGGAGCCAGAGAUACCGGAAGACCGCCGGUAUUGGUUGCUCACCGUCAUCCAGGGUUCCACACCAGACAGCCUCCAAUUAAAACUCGCCAGAUUAUAUCAGAAAGCAUUUUUAAGACAGCAAGAACGCCAUCUCGGCAUUAUCAAAUCAUUAGACGCACCAGCUGGUAGAAAGAAACAUGAUGUCCACUCUUUCGUUGUAAAUAAAGACAAUAAUAAUCAAAUAAAUUCCAUCAAUUCAGAAAUGCCUUUCAAAUAUUAUGAUAUACAGAGCUCUAUAGUUAAUAUGGAAUCCGUUACAAAUGGGUUAGCUUCUGAAAGCUCAGUUACACCAUCUUCUGAUGUUUUAUCAAAUUCUUCAAGCAUAUUAUCAUUAAAUUCAGAAAAUGUUGAAGUCUUUUCUAAUAGCAAUAUUAAAAACGCAUCCUCAAAGUCAGAAAUAAAAGCUACUACAAUAAACGAAGUGGAAUCAUGGAUAUUAGUGACUCCAACUAAUGUUGUAAAAAAAAGAGAAGUGUCAGAUCGGGAAGAAGUGGAAUAUGAGAAAGAAGAGUUGAUAGAUAUUCCAUUAGAAGAAGAUUCAGAGAAUGGCACGAUGCUAUUCAAGAGGGAGAUUAUAAAGCCUGAGCAACAGCCACCAGUACAAGUGCACAUUCAAAAUAUUACUGAGUCAGCGGAGUCCGGAAGCGUGCAGAUAGUGUACGUGGUACUGGUGGGUGGAAGGGCAGUCCCGGCAGCAGUGGCAGCCAGAGACAUGAGGCUAGUCAGGGAUGCUGAAGUGGCACAUGAGCUGGGUGCCGUCGUCACCACCAAGGCUGAGCCGUACCUGAAGGCAGCCGAAGGUCUCGAGGGUGAAGCCAGUCCUGCAGGAGUGCACGGCACCGAACUUUGGGCGCUGGCUAUUGGUGCCACCGUAGCAGUACUUCUACUGCUGGUCAUCAUUGUACUGCUAUGUAUUGCUCACAGGAAAAAAUCAAUAAAAUCAGCGGCCUCCCUGCGUGCGUAUAGAAAUGAAUUGUUGAGAGAAGCUGAGCGAAACCAACUGAAGCAAGUCCAUGAAGAAAAGGAUGGCAGGCUGAUCAGCGUCGUAUCACCGAGUAGGACCAGACCGAGCAGUAGUACUUUAUUACCUAUAUAUAGAGCAGCCAGUGCUUCCAGUACAAGUUCAUCAGGCGUGUCCGAAGUGGCAGCCGCAGUACGAAGGCGACAGAAGAAGCCCCACGCGCUCAGAAUGCCGCAGAAGAAGAGAGUGGGUACCACAGAUAGUCUUCUGGAGGCAGCCGGUGUGGACAGUUCGGACAGUGGACAGCCGUCCGUACCACACACACCCACCUCAUAUCUUUCUAUGCCGUCUGUCAACUCGUUCCCAAGAGGGAACAUAGUAGAACCACUAUCAAGGAUCUUGGAGCCAGUAUCGGUACGACAUUUGGAUGUAGACUCACCAGUCAUCAGUCCUAAGUCCAAAGAGAAGGGACAAGAUAGAUCCAAGAACGUGGUACCUCGCAGACAGAUGGCCUCACAGCUGGUCAGGUUGGGCAGUAUCGACAAGGAUCCAGGCGUCAUCGGGCCGCUGGUCUGGGAUCUACACUGCCAAAGAAUUAAAGAUGCAUCGAAACCAUCAAGUCCAGCCAGGUCGACUGCCGAUGCGGGUGAUGAUGGUCGCAGGGCUGCCGGUGCCGGUGCUGGUAGAAUGCGGCGAAGGUUCAACGAGCUGAUGGAUGAUGCAUUCACGCUUUUCGGUAGCGCUGCAUCCAGUCCCAACUCACACCGUACCUUCACGGUGGACGCGGAGAAAGGGAGAGACAGGAAACAUGAAAGCGGAGGUAGAGAGGGUGGACGUCGCUCGCCGCUAGCUCAGGCGCGCAAUGAGCUUGUGCGGUUGCCGGGGUCGCCCUACUCCGCACUUGCUACUGUACGCGGUCGCUCCGCGGACACCCAUAUUAGAGAACCAGCGAUGGGUACAGCAGGCCCGUCAGACGCCCGGCCUCGAACGUCGUCGACGAGGCCGACCACAGAGAGGAAGGCGCCCCCACCGGCGAGGGCCUGGGGACCCACCCCACCGCAUUCGUUAACGUCUCGCCUGCCGCCAGCUCCGGCAGUGAACACGGCCUUGAUCCGAGCGGAAGGUGCCCUGCCAGCGGACGACCCCGCGUUACCGCUCAUAUCAGCCAUCAAAGAUGAGAUACAACGCAUAAGGGACCAUGCUAAACCUUCGUAACGAACUGAUAAUUCACUAGAAUAACUAUAGUUUUAUAGCGAUAUCGUACAAAGUUAUCUGCGUAUAUU